AAAUGGUUCGAGGCUGGUAAUGGGGAAGUUCCAAGCUCCAGCUGAGGGAAACUACAACUUGAGCUCUUUCUGCUUAUGCGACUCCUGGAUUGGUUGUGAUGCAAAGUCAAAUAUAAAGUUAAAGGUAAUGAAACGCAGCAGAGCUGGAACCAGAGGCGGUCUCACAGCAGAUGAGACUCCUGUCAUGGAGGAUGGAAUUGAGGAGGACGAGGAAGAAGAAGAAGAUGAUUAUGAUGAUUAUGAAAGUGAAUACAGCGAAGAUGAAGAAGAUACAAAGGAAACAAAGAGUAAAGGAGCGGUGGCCAAUGGCUCGACCCACAAUAAGGGCAGUGGUUCAAGCUCUGAUGAGUCUGGUUCAGAGGCCGAUUAAGUCUCUUUCUUGGCUACUAGUUGUUUGCUCUCCUAUUUCCCCUGCUUCCAUAAUGUUCCAAAGUUUUCGGGGAAGAGAAAAAGAAACCUGUGAGAAGACGUCCUCUCGCUCCAUUUGUUUGGGAAGCUGGGGUGGGGGAGGGGCAGGUAAGAAGAGAAUUCAAUCGAUCUUUUUUUUCUGUUAUAUGACUUACAUCUCAGGCAAAUUACUCCGGGCUUUAUCUUUCUAUAGUGGUAUACUUAGAACCGUUAGUGUUGUAAUUUGACAUGAAUAAAACAUUUAUAGGGCGUUCUUCAGAGCUUGAAUGGUUAAGUCCUUUUUUGUCCAACUA